AGUGUUUCUCAUCUCAGGAUUUAGUCAAUGAAUACAUAAGUUUUGGGGAAAUACAACACUCUGGCCAUGAAUUACAUAAUACAAGUCAUUUGAUAGAAAAUAUUGAAUUAUUUUCACAACUUAUUGUCAGAAAACUUAUUAGAGGAAUUUGUGUAAAACACGAAGAAAACGAUUUCAUUGAUUAUCUGUUAUCAAAAUAUGGGAUCGAAAAUGAAUCCAAGAUUGGAGAACAAGGUUUUGAAAAACUUUUACACGAUUUAAAUAUCGAUAACGAAAAUCACGAGAAACACAAUGAGGAGGAAGAGGAUCACGAUAUGCACGACCAUCACAGACACCACAAGAGAUCGGUUCCCAUUCAUCACAAUAACGGCAACAAUGAGUCGAAAUCUCUUUGUUUGAAUCAUGACUUCUAUUUGAAUCGCUUUUCAAACGACGGGUAUUUCGCGUCAAAUGAAGUGAAAAACUUGUGCCCCGUUUUGUUGCAACAGAUUGUGAGUCGGGUUUGUGUCGACGACCGCCACACCGAUGACGACCACAACCAUAACCAUCGCAUUCACAAUCACUCGCAUAAUGACGAGCCGUCGGCACAGAAGUCAAAGUCCACUUCAAAGUUAACAAAAGCUGAGCCGGGCGAUGCACUCCUCCAUCUCAUACCCCAUGCGUUGGGCAUUCAUUCACACGACGAGUCCUCUGCCCACACGAAUGGCCAGCAUUCGCACGACAGUCAACACAAGCACCAGAAUUCAGGAAUUCCUGAUUUCUUGUGGUAUCAGUUGUGUGUUUUGGGCGCAAUCUAUGGCUUAUUUGUAUUUGAAGUCAUUAUAAAUGCUAUUUAUUCUGAAGAUGAUUCGGACGGACAUCACGGUCACAGUCACUCACAGAAACCAGACUUUAAUUUGAACACAACAUCCAAUUUAACGCCCGUUUCGACAAAAGACUCUCAAAUUCAUUUGACAUCGUAUUGCGAUUCGAGCACAACAUUGGACACCAAUUCUGUGGGAACCGUUCAGUCGACCGAGAAUUUGACUCUAAACAAGAGUAAAGGGAAUGAAGUGAUUCUUGAGGGCAAUUCUGUGGUGUGGGGUUUGACACCUCUGGCAAUGAUGAUCACAUUAGGCGAUGCCAUUCAUAAUUUCGGUGACGGACUCGCCAUUGGAGUCGCUUUCACUAGUGGUUACGCCGGAGGACUAUCGACUUCUUUUGCCGUAUUAUGUCAUGAGAUCCCACACGAACUCGGUGAUUUCGCAGUCCUGUUGUCGACUGGACUUUCUGUGACAAAAGCGGCAAUAAUUAACUUUAUCUCCGCUCUGACGGCUUUCAUAGGCCUUUAUAUCGGCCUAAUAUUGGGCGCCGACGAGCGCUCACAGAAGUGGAUAUUAGCCAUUUGUGCCGGAAUUUUCCUCUACGUAGCCCUCACUGAUAUGUUGCCAGAAUUGAAACAUUCUUCGAAAGCCAAACAUCCGAUUCUAUUGAUUGUAUUGAAGAAUUUGGGUGUUUUGUUGGGCAUCGGCUUAAUGGCAGUCAUUUCCAUCUUUGAAGACAACAAUGCCACGAUCACGAGGACGAGGAAGAAGACAACGCCAGCGGAGCCCAUCGCUCUCCGGCUCGCACUCCAGCUCAACAGCGAACACACAAAGACUCAAAUUAACGAUUCAACGGUAAAGAAGACUCCGGGCCUACCAUCCAAUCGUUCCUCCGUCUCGCCAAACGUGGUUCGCAUUAUGGAAACCCAUCGUCGCCGCCUCAAAGAUGACGAAACAGUCCGCCAGUACUUCGACCAGAAGACACGGAUCUUACGGCGCAUAUCUGGUCUAUUGAAAGUAGACAUGUCUACAGCCCUAACCGAAAGACUUUCUCAGCACUAUAAACAGUUGUUUCAUGGCACUCGCCUGUGGCUUAUCGAUUGGCUUAAGAAAGCACUAGACAUCGAGGCCGACAACAAGAGUGGGCUGCCGAAGAGCAACGCCUCGCACCACUUUAGCAGAUCUCAACAACAACACGGGCACAGUUCGCACCGACAGAACUCGUCUAAUCACUUCGCGACCGACUCCACUCGUGCGAAUGGUAACUCAACACGUGGUCGCGGCACCUGUUGA